UAAUGGUUUAGAUUUAGAGGGAGCCAAGAAAAUUAAAGAAGAGAUGGGCAGUAGAACCACACUCUUUCAAAUUUUUGUUUUAACCAACAAACCACCCACUGUCCACAACACAGAACCAUAAUCAUGGCAAGGUUGAUAACAAUUCAGCAGCAAACUCAACCUUCUUUCUCUCUCCUUACUUCUUCUCUCUCUUCUGACUUCAAUGGCACAAGACUCCACACUCAAAUUCAGUGUAAAAGAAGGGUAUGGCAGGCAAAAGGAGCACUACAGGUAACAGCUUCAAGUUCCAAGAAUAUUCUCAUCAUGGGAGGGACUAGAUUCAUUGGUGUGUUUUUAUCUAGACUUCUUGUCAAAGAGGGUCAUCAGGUUACCUUGUUCACUAGAGGUAAAGCACCAAUUACCCAAAAAUUGCCAGGUGAAUCAGACCAGGAUUAUGCCGAUUUUUCAUCCAAGGUAUUGCAUUUGAAAGGAGACAGGAAGGACUUUGAUUUUGUCAAAUCCAGUCUCUCAGCUAAAGGCUUCGAUGUUGUUUAUGAUAUAAAUGGACGUGAGGCCGAUGAAGUUGCACCUAUAUUGGAUGCUCUACCAAAUUUAGAACAGUUCAUAUACUGUUCUUCAGCUGGAGUUUACCUCAAAUCUGAUCUUUUACCACACUCUGAGAAAGAUGCAGUUGACCCAAAGAGCAGGCAUAAGGGAAAGCUUGAAACAGAGAGCUUACUAGAAUCAAGUGGUGUUAACUGGACUUCCAUAAGGCCAGUGUACAUCUAUGGACCCUUAAACUACAACCCUGUUGAAGAGUGGUUCUUUCACCGGUUGAAAGCAGGGCGCCCAAUUCCAAUCCCCAACUCAGGAAUCCAAAUAACUCAACUUGGUCAUGUAAAGGAUUUGGCAAAGGCAUUUAUUCAGGUUCUCGGAAAUGAAAAAGCUAGCAAACAAGUAUUUAAUAUAUCAGGAGAAAAGUACGUGACAUUUGAUGGAUUAGCAAGGGCAUGUGCAAAGGCUGGUGGGUUUCCUGAACCUGAGAUUGUUCAUUAUAACCCCAAAGAAUUCGACUUUGGGAAAAAGAAGGCGUUUCCAUUCCGUGACCAGCAUUUCUUUGCAUCAGUUGACAAGGCAAAGCAUGUCCUUGGAUGGGAACCUGAAUUUGACCUGGUGGAAGGACUUGCAGAUUCUUACAAUUUAGACUUUGGCAGGGGAACUUUCAGGAAAGAGGCGGAUUUCACCACUGAUGACAUGAUUCUUGGCAAGAGUCUUGUUCUCCAAUCCUAGGCCAUUCACCCUCUUCUUUUUUAUUUUGCCCCGCUCUUUUUUCCUACCAUAUUCCCUUCUUCUUUACUUUAUAUUUUUUUCUUCUAUUAUUCUUAAUUUCCGCUCAGGUGCAGUAACAGUUCACCGAAUUCAAAGCUACACUUGAAUAGAAAUAAUUUGGAAUCAA